AUGAAUACAACUCUCAGCGCUGUCAAGGUCGUACUGCUUGACAUCGAGGGUACCGUGUGUCCCAUUUCCUUUGUCAAAGAUGUACUUUACCCCUACGCCGUCGAUGCUCUUCCGGCUACCCUAGACAAGCAGUGGGAUAACCCCGACUUUGCUGUUUACCGGAAUGCGUUCCCGGAAGAUUGCGUGUCUGAUCGAUCCGCAUUUGAGGCACACUUUCGCGACCUCGUGCGCCGCGACGUCAAGGCCUCGUACCUCAAGGCGCUCCAGGGAUAUCUCUGGAAGGAGGGCUACAGGUCGGGCGAAAUUAAGGCACCUCUCUUUCCGGACGUUUCUGAGCGUCUCUUGUCAUGGAGGGACGCCGGCUUGCGCCUUGUCAUCUACUCCUCCGGCUCCGUCCCCGCCCAGAAGCUCUUCUUUGGCUACACUGAUGCUCAGCCGUCGGACCUGACGCCCCUGGUCUCUGACUGGUUCGAUACCGUCAACGCCGGCCUCAAGACUGAACCCAGCAGCUACGCCUCCAUCCUCUCCAAUUUUGAGGACACUAAGCCCGAGGAAUGGCUGUUUCUCAGUGACAACCCCCACGAAGUCUUGGCCGCCAUCGCGGCUGGAAUGCAGAGCAUACCCGUGGUUCGUCCUGGCAACGCGCCCCUUCCAACGGACCUGAACCCUACACUGCAGCCCAUCAGAGACUUCAACGAGCUGGAGGACCUUGGAUCAAAGCAUUGA